AUGCCGUCCGUCAAGAACCCCAACGGCCCCUCCAAGAACCGCCUCGCCGCGCGCGCCUCCAAGGCCAAGAAGGAGCGGCGCAAGCGUUCCCUGGCGCCCAAGGACAAGAUCGCAAAGGCGGAUGCGACACGAGGCGCGAGGGCUGGACUUCUCCCCACCAGCGGACCUAGGGCCAAGGUCAGCGCCAAGAGGGCGCGCAAGAUGGAGAAGAAGAUGGGGUAUGCUUUGAAAAGGAAGAUGGAGGCCGAGGGGGAGGCUGAGAUGAAGGAUGCGCCUGUGGAAAAGGAGGGAGGAGACAAAGUCGAGGAGGUUGUUAUGGGAGAUAUCCAGUGA